UCAUAGCCAUUUCCAAACGUCUGGUUUAUAUAUAUCCAUAAAGAUGAGCCAUCUCACUCACGAAAAAAACAAAGGAAAAGAAGCCUCCAGAGGACAGGAGAAGACUUGGCUGAGACGCCGCUGAGCUGAAGCUGAAGAGACGCCGCGACCACCCGCCACAUCUUCAUCAUGUCUGACAGAAAAGCAGUGGUGAAAAACGCCGACAUGACGGAGGACAUGCAGCAGGACGCGGUGGAGUGUGCCACCCAGGCCAUCGAGAAGUACAACAUCGAGAAGGACGUGGCCGCCCACAUUAAGCGGGAGUUCGACAAGAAGUACAAUCCCACCUGGCACUGCAUCGUGGGCAGGAAUUUCGGCAGCUACGUCACCCAUGAGACCAAGCAUUUUAUUUACUUCUACUUGGGCCAAGUGGCUGUGCUACUCUUCAAGUCUGGCUGAGGAGGAAGAUUUCAUCCGCUGUUCGUGACGAUGAACCCUGUCUUCAAACCUGGCAACCCACCCCCGGACUGAUAUGAGCGACACUGGAAUGUUAAUAAACAAAUUAAAGUCAAAUAUUUAACCUGAAAGUGAGUUA